GGCAUUUUGCUGGGAAAGAUAGGGCUUUUAUAUUCGAGCCGAUUGAAUAGACAAGGGAGGGAGCGAUUCCUGGAAUUGGGAAUAUCGGAGUUUGAUUAAGAUAAGGAUUUGGACCGAUUGAUUGGCCUGGCAGUCGAUGAGGUUUGGCAGAUUGUUAUGAAACCGGAGGUGCCAUCUGUACCUGUUCUUCAUAUGAGAGGUGACUCUGGGGCAUACACCUUGUGCUCUUCUUUCUUGUCCUUGUUUGCAUCUUAGUAGAGUUCUUAUGGGGUCAAAGCCUGUUUUUGAUGAAACCUGUCAUGUUAGUGGGGCAAAUCAAUAUUCUGCCAAUGUGAGUGAUAAGUCGUCCUCUUUCAAGAUCAAGGCCUGUGACAAUUUACAGCACACCGCUAGUGAGACAAGUAACCUACUUAGCGUCAAUUCGAGUUACGAUUCUCUGUCUGAAAAUGCUGAAAGCAGACCACCACUAAGGUUUUCUAAUACUUCUGAUCAUUUAGAAGGCAUUGAGAAACUUUCAACUACAUACAAUGAUUCUAAAGUUGUUGAAGUUCAUGAAGAUAAUAUAUCAUGUGUAAGUAAAGCGAAUGAUACAAAUACAGCAUUCUGUGAUAAUAACAGGAACGUAGAGAGGAAGAAUCUUUCCAGUAGCUUAGCUUCAGUUGGUAGUGUAGGCGCUGAAGAAUUUGGACAGCCACCCCAUUCAGCCUUAUCUGAGAUGCCUCCUUCAAAACAUGCUGCUACUGGCAAUGGCAUGUCAAAGGAGAAUUUGCCAGAACUUAUGGAAUCUUCAUUAACAAAAGAACCAGCUACUGGCCAGAAAUUUGCAUCUUACAAAGGUUUGGAGGUCUCUACAAAAAUGUGUCCAAAGUUUGAAGAGACCAGUGAUGAUGGGGAAGUCCCAAAACAGGAAGCUUUGAGAUGUUCAGGUCAAGGUGAACGUGAUAUUGAAUCUAGUGAGAUGGUUGAUACAGCUGCUAAGCGCCCGUUGCAAUCGGACAAUGGUGAUGACAGUGAUGGAUCAGAUGCUGUGGAGCAUGAUGUAAACGUAUGUGAUAUUUGUGGGGACACAGGUCGUGAGGAAUCGCUUGUCACAUGUAGUAGGUGUAGCGAUGGUGCAGAACACAUCUAUUGCAUGCGGAAAAUGCUUCGGAGAGUUCCUAAAAGUGACUGGUUGUGUGAGGAAUGCAAGUUCACUGAGCAAAUUGAAAACCAAAAGCAAGAUGUAGAUGGAAACAGAAUGAAGAAAGCCGUUUUGAGUACACAGCUCUCUAAUAAGAGACGUGCAGAUAAUACAGAAGCGGCUCCUUCUUCAAAGAGGCAGGCUCUUGAAACUCGGGUGGGAUCACCAAAGCCGUCAAGCCCUAAGAGAACAAUUGCAUUAUCACGUGAAUCUUCUUUCAAGAAUAUGGAUAAGGAUAAGUUUAAGUCCGCUUAUCAGACUUCUAUGUUCACUAAUGAUGUCACAGAAACUGGGCGCUCUCCAACAACAGGUCCUCGGCUUCAAACAGCCAAGGGUGCAUUAUCAAAGUCAAACUCCUUCAACAUGUACUCCAAACCAAGGUUUAAACCUGUAGACAACGUUGUUCCUCAGAAGCAGAAGGGGUUGAAAGAGCAGGCUUCUGUUGAUAUGAAGGAGAGGACAGCCAGAAUGAUGGUCAAAUCUGUGUCAUUCAGAUCUCCCGACUUGGGGCGUUCCAAUGCAUCCGAGUCAAAAGUUAAAAUGCUACCAUCAAAAUUUAACCCUCUUAAAGAUCUAAAGGGAUUGAAACAAGUGAAAGAGCGGAGUACAGUUGAAAGAAAACAUUUAUCUAAACUAGAUCGUCCUUUAGUUGGUUUGCCAACAUCCAGUGCUAUUGUUUCAACACCGAAGGUUGACCAAGCAUCCCGUGGUGAUAACAGUUUGCUAUCUGUGAGCAACCUUCGAGAGCAUAAGACCUUACUAUCUGAUGGAAAAAUAUGUACUUCAUCAAAAGCAAUAAGUAGUCUAACUCGUAAAGGUGCUGAGACUCAAAGUUCUCCAGGUGGAUCUUCUCCUAUAAGUGGAAUGUGUACUGCUGCUUCUGAACAAAGGUCAAACCAAGUUCUAUCUAACAAUGAACCUUUAUCCAGCUAUUCUCGGCCUAUUGAGAAGCUACCUGCUGAUGGUGAAGGGAAUUCUGAAGAUGUGCCUCAAUCAGGGGAAAUGGCAAAUCAGACUGAUGUAACCAGGGAGAGCUCUGUUCGCAGUAGGCCGAUUGUUGCAGCUAGCUCAAAAAGUCUUUUCUGUUCAAUUUGUAAAGAGAUUGGUCAUACUGCUGAAUCUUGCAAUACCGUAGUCUUAGAAACUAUUGUUACUGAUGUUUCUCCUCCAAGGAGUUGCAGGGAGGAGGUGCUGAGAAGUAGUAGGUUGAAAGAUGCAAUUCACGCUGCUUUGCUUAGAAAGCCUGAAAUAUACAAAAAGAAAACAGUACUAAAUCAAUCUGAUGACUUGUCUGUUUCCAACAUGGAAUCAAGUUCUGAAGUAGUUGCUCCAGAGAUAAUAUCGAACAUGAUGAAUAAUAACAUGCGUACUGGAGGAUCACAUGAUGGACAAGCAAUUCCUGGAAUUUCUAAUUCCGAUUGUCACAAGAAUACAUCACAGCCUGCUAAUUCUGUGGUUACUUCCAGUGUGGUAGGCUCCAGUUCAGUUGUUCCUCUUCUUGGGAAGUCUACAGUGCAAGAUUUGCAGAGUCAUCCUUCAAUGGGGAUGUCUUUUCUUAUGAAGACAACAGCCAUUCCAGAAUAUGAAUACAUUUGGCAGGGAAGCUUUGAACUGCAAAGAGGUGGAAAUAAUCUGGAUAUAUGUGGUGGUAUUCAAGCUCAUUUAUCGACUUGUGCAUCACCAAAAGUACUUGAAGUGGUCAACAAAUUUCCACCGAAAGUUCCUCUGAAGGAAGUCCCUCGUUUAAGUGUAUGGCCAACACAGUUUUAUCAAAGUGGUGUCAAAGAACAUAAUAUAGCACUCUACUUCUUUGCCAAAGAUCUUGAGAGUUACGAAAGGAACUACAAGGUCCUUAUAGAUGCGAUGAUGAAGAAUGAUUUAGCCCUUAAGGGAAAGUUUGGCGGCAUUGAACUUCUGAUACUCCCAUCAAAUCAGCUUCCUGAGAAAUCACAACGUUGGAAUAUGCUUUAUUUCUUAUGGGGUGUGUUCAGGGAGACGAGGGUGCAUUACGUAGACUCUACUAGAAAAGUAGACAUUCCUGGCUCGAGUGUUGUCUCUUUGGACAAUGGCACUUCCACUGCCAUGACUUUGUCCAAGGACCUGCAUGUUCCCAAGCGUGUAGGUGCAGAUGACAGGUUGUCUGGUGCAGCCUCUGAAUCCAAAUUCCCAGAUCCUCUGGUUCUUACGGUUAGCAAGGAUCUUGAUUCCAAAGAUACAUACCCAGAGGAGAUGUGUCGUGGUUCAAAAGAGAACUUGGUGAUGCAGGAUAGUGGGGGUGCUUACGAAUACACAGCAAACAAUGCAGUCUUGUCUGGUGCAGUUGCAUGCACUACUCCUUCCCUGCAAGAAGUUUUCCUUCGUGAGAGCAGACUAGACACUAUGGGGCAAAUUGGUAAGGAGAGAAUUGCAGAUAGAAAGAACAUGAUUGCUGUCGAGGAGUUGAUUCUGGAAAAGUUGAAUAUAGACAGGGAUGAAAGUAGACAAUUGAGGGAGCUGACGGGAUUUGAUGGAUCUAAAGAGAUGGAUACAGCUUUUCUGACAGACUCGACAACAAAGGUCAACUCUUGUCAGUCUAAUACUAGAAUACAUCCACAUAUAGAUCUGUCAGAGACAGCAGCUUCUUCUACUACAAGUCAAGAAAUGCCUUGGAAUGUGGUGAAUACUAUUCAGAGAGAUGGACAGAAUGAUAGAAAGAAGUCAAAAUUAGAUUCUAGUGAAUUACAGGGUUUUAGUACUUCAAAGGCUAUUCCUAUUACUUCAGCUGAGGGGAAGAAUUCUCUUGAAGAAUGUGAUGAAAAAGUUAUUCCAGAGGACUUGGGAACUACUGAAAGGCACUUCUUUCCUGUGGAGUCAAGGAAUAUCCAGGAUUUUCAGAUGGAUAGCAACUCUCUGCCAUGGAAAAAUUUCGCAUUAGGAAAUGAGGAUAAGUUGGAUGGGUUUCCAAGUCUUGAGCUUGCUCUUAGGGCGGAAGCAAAACCACCAAGUAAGGGGAGUCUGCCCUUCUUUGUUGGGUUAGGUGAUGAGAGAGAUAACUAUGACAGACCUUUAGAAAAAACACUUGGUGAGGAAGAAGAUGAUGCGUCUGCUUCUCUUUCCCUCUCUCUCUCUUUCCCCUUCCCAGACAAGGAACAACCUGUUAAAAAAUCUGAGCAACUUCUGCCCGAAAGGCACCAUGUGAAUACUUCACUGCUUCUGUUUGGGCGCUUUCCAGAAAAAUAGAACAACGAUGGAUUCUUGCAUCAUGUAUUAGUGUGACUGGAGGUGGUAAUGCUCAGGAGCGGCCAUGAGAAUUUCCCUUUGUUCAUAUCUCCUAUAGGAUACAGUUUUCUUUGUUAUGCUCCCAUUUUGGUAGUGCCCAUCUCUUUGGUUCUCAGUAUGUUAUUGUUACGGCUGUUUGUACAUAUGAAGAGAACGAAAGCCGAUUGUCACUAAGCUGAUCAACGUGAUGCCAACUUUUUAGAUUUGAGGUCAAUUGGUGUCCAAUUAGAACCCAACAAGAGCGUAUUUGAAGCCCUUAUUAUUUUUCGUA